CAUACAAAUAUCGUAAUUUAUCAAUAUUAUCAAAUCCGUACAAAAUCGUUUAAUUAGAAGCAACCUUUAGCUUCAAAAAAACACGUGUCAAAUAAACAUUGCUUUACAGUAGUCUUGUCAAAUUGAGUUUUAGUGCAGCGACGAAAACCGCUCUGAAAAUGGCAAACAAACGUUCACAAAUGAAUGGUAAACAUUAAUAAAUAAUAAUUGUUGAAUUAAAAAAUAGGAAAACCUAUGUUCAGAAAAAAAAUACGGCAUGAAAUAAUUUGAAAGCGUUAAUAAGACUUUCAGUCAGAGAAGAAAUUUAAUUGUGAUUUAAAAUCACCAUUAUAAUCUAUUACUCAGAUUACUCAAUUUGAUGCUGCUUAAUUUAAAAAGAAUAAAAAAAAAUAAAAAUGUUAUGCGAACGAAUAUUGUCUGCAAUUACGUAUUAAAAAAUAAAGUUUUACAUUUAAUUAGUACAAUUAACAGGAUAACCAGAUUCCAAUGAAUUAAAACAUUAAACGAUGAAAACGCUAAUUAUAAACUUUUCAAGAAAUACACUUAAUCUGCUGUAUAAGGAAAUCAGUAUUAGAUAGUUUGGUAACAAUGUAAGUUCUUACCAAGAGAUGUUUAUUUCUAUACCUUUGAAAGAAGCUUUAAAAGAAGGAAAUUGUGAUAAGCGGUAAGAAGAAACAGGAUAUGUGUUUUGAUUUGUGCUAAACAAUUAUAUAAAAUUUUAUAUAAUUUAUAUAUAAAACGGAAAAAAUGUAUUCGAAUUACAUCACCAACAAAAGAUUAUAUCAUCGAGGACAAAUUGAUGUAAUGGACAUGCCAGUACAAUUCACUUGUAAUUACAAAUAUUUCUUUGUUUACGAGGAUCAAAUAUCUAGGUUUGUGGUACUAAAAGGUCUACAUGGAAAUACAGCAAGCGAAGUAGCUAUGAAACUCUUGGAUAUAUUAACUAUUAUUGGAGCACCGCAAGUGUUGCAGAGCAAAAACGGGCGUAAUUUCGCGGAACAAGUUGUACAAGAGUUACGUUUAUUAUGGAAGGAUUUUAUAAUACUUCAUGGAGAAGUUUCUGAAAGCGAAGAAAACAACAGGGAUUUUAAGAAUUUACUUGAAUGUUGGAUACAAGAAAAUCCGACAAAAACAUGGUACGAAGCAUUGAAACAUGUACAAAUUAUUCAGAAUUCGACGUUUCGUUGUGAAAAUGGAAAGAUUCCUUACGAUAUUUUAUUUGGACGAAAUGUACACGAAGAAUUCCAAAAACAAAUUAAUACUAUAGAUCCAAUAGAAGAUAUAUGGGCAGAAGAAGAAUGGGUUGAUUUUACAUUCGAUUCGAAAGAUGCGAUCAUUAAGGAAAUAAAGGAUGGAAAUGAAAAUUUAACCGAGGAUUCAAGCAUGAUGGAUGCAAAUAGUUCAAGAGAAUUCGAUGACGAUCCCUACAUCGAUGAUAUCGACGAACCCCAGAGGGACACACUUGGUUUUAAUUUUGUUAACGUCAGGAGCGAACCUUUAAAUAUACACACCGAAGAUUUAAUGUUUGAGGAGGAACCGAUAAUGGAUGAUAAAAUAAAGCUAGAACCUCAAGAUCUAAAGUGUACAGUUUGCCAAAAACAAUAUAUGAAACCUGGUCAUUUAAAGAAUCAUAUGAGAACACAUACGAAAGGAAAGAUGUUUGAAUGCAAACUCUGUAAUAAAAAGUUUCAUGUCAUAAAUUUGUACAAAAAGCAUGUGAGACAAUCUCAUACAGAAAAUAAGUUACCAAGUUUGAUUAGAACCAGAAGUAAAGAUUUACAAGAUGAUUCAACUUUAGAUGUAAAACCGGUUGAAUACAAGUUUACUACAGAAUUAAUUUUAAGCGAUAUAGAAUCUAACGUGACGGACGAAUUUCCAAAAGCAACAAAAAAUUCGAAUCUUGUUAAGGAAAGGAAAAAGGUUCCUACAGAAAGUCGUCCAUUAAAAAUGAACGGGGAUCCAAAUCUGCAAUGCUCGUUCUGUAAUCAGAAAUUCAAUUUUCCUAGUGUACUGAAAAGACAUAUGCGAUCUCACACAAAUGAACGGCCGUACAUCUGUGAUGUUUGUAAUAAAAGCUUUAAACAACUGGGUCAUCUUAGCCAACAUUCGUUGACGCAUAAGGAUUAUCGUUCUUUUCUCUGCACCAUUUGUGGAAUAAAAUUCGAAACGUUGAGUUCAUUAAAAGUUCACUCUCAGUCGCACAAAGAAGCCUACAUUUCAAAAACUAAGGAGACUUUCCGAUUAUUCGAGUGUGAUAAUUGUAAAAAGGUGUUCACCACUAAAAGCGUAUUAGAGCGACACAUACUUACACAUUCUCACGAACGUCAGUUUGCCUGCGUGGUUUGUGGGAAAAGAUUCAAACAAGCAGGACACGUGAAAUCUCAUAUGUUGGUGCAUACAGGUGAACGAAAGUUCGAAUGCACGGUAUGCAAAAAGAGAUUUAGUCUUUCCAAUUCCCUUAAGAAACACAUGUACGUGCACAACGGAGAAAAACCAUAUCAGUGCGACGUAUGCGGUGCACGGUUCCUUGAAAAGAGAAAUUUAAACGGACAUCUUAUGACUCAUACGAACGAGCGUCCAUUUCGCUGUAAAAUUUGUGGGAAACGGUAUACUUUGGCAGAUACUCUGCGCCGUCAUAUAAGUGCAGCUCACGAGGAUGGUCGCACGUACCAAUGCGAAAUUUGUGCAAAAAUGUUUAAACAACUUGCACACUUGUCCGUUCACAAGAAAGUGCACAACGACGAGAGACCGUUCCAGUGUCAUUUAUGCGAGAAAAACUUUAAACAUAAAAAUGUGCUCAAGUCUCAUUUGGCUAUUCAUGCCAACGUAAGGCCAUUCGAAUGCGAUGUAUGUAAGGCUACGUUUGUCAGAAAGACAAAUUUACAGACGCAUAUUGCAUCGGCUCACAUGAACGAAAGACCGUACGUUUGUACUAUAUGCGGAAAACGAUUUAAGCAAAUUAGUCAUUUAAAUGGUCACGUCGUAGUACACAGUAAUUUAAUGCCUUAUCAAUGUGAUUUUUGUGAUCGGCGAUGUAACAGACUCGAUAACUUGAAAAAGCACAUGCGCCUCCAUACGAAGAACAAAGAACAAAUACUAUAAGAGUUUUUGUAACGCACAGAACAUUUAAAAUUAUUUCAACAUGAAACUGAACGUAUUGAAAUUGUAUAUCAACUCUAAUAUCAAAUUAAUUUUAGAAAUUUAAUCUACGAAUGAUUAAUUCGCGUUGACACGAAGUAUAUAUUAUAUUAUUUGUAAUUGUAUACUCAUUCAUAACCGGUAUAUGUAUAUGUAUAGAUUUUCAAUAUUUUUAUAUCUAGAACAGAAUCUCAUAUUACUUGAAAGCUUUGAUAUUUGGAAAGAAUACGAAGUAAAUUCAAGUAGGCUUUUUCUGUACUUUCAUUAGUUAACAUUACUAAUGUUAAACUAGUAAAAUUAGUUUUAAAUUUCACACUGGUCUAAUAUAAGAUUAUGACAUUGUAUAAUUAUGUUAUUGUACAAAUAUAGAAGAGAAAUUUUUAACUGAAAUCAAAUCCUU